CGUAUCAUAUGCAGCCGUGUGGACAAGUGCAUUACACUCAAGAAUCGUUGUUUUCUUUACAGCGCUCUGAUAUUUUGUGUCUCCAGUUGUUAUCGCACGUUACGUAUAUCGUAGAAUUUCUUAAGGCUUAACAAGACCGGCUCGUGUAUAGAUAUACACUGAAACAGUUUUUACGAGAUCUGCUCUGUCAUUAUCUCUCGAAACCAAUAUAUAGUUGCCAUAACAUCAGCACCGACCAUAACAAACGUUGAUUUGUCGUCGCGCAAGAAAUAACAUAUUUCCAGUUAAGAAGUUACACAACCAUGAGUCGAGUAAGACUCAAAUCUCUUGACUCUCUUCUCUUGGGCUCAAGCCUUGAGCAGUUUAACAAGCAACGCAGAGAUGGAACGUGUUCCGAACGAUUUUUAUACGUCGGUUUACGAUGACAGUACGAUCGAGGUUAUGCGGAAGGAAUUUUCUCGCCUGCACGACGAACAUUAUCUGGAUCAUGCUGGAGCUACUUUGUACUCGGAAACGCAAAUCAAGAGGAUCGGUAAUGACAUGCUUACCUCUCUAUACGCGAAUCCUCAUUCAGCUGGCACCGCUGGUUUUUUGUCACAUGAAAUUGUUGAACGAACACGAUAUAGGUUAUUGGAUCAUUUUCAUGCAUCGCCGGACGAAUAUGAGCUUGUUUUUACAUCGGGUGCAACUGCGGCGUUGAAAAUCGUCGCAGACACAUUUCGAUUCAGAGACGUCGCUACUCGUGGUCAAGAGACCGGGAGCUUCAUUCAUCUGGUGGACAAUCAUACAUCCGUUUUGGGAAUGCGAGAUUUGGUCACUGAAAGAGGAGGCAAAGUUUCGUGUCUAAGCCGUGAAAAAGCUUUCAAAAUUUUUGCUGAAAGUUCCCAACCAAAAAUCACACAGCCUACGAAACAAUGGACGAACUCACUAUUCGUUUACUCUGCUCAAUGCAAUUUCACUGGUUUCAAAUAUCCUCUUUCAUGGAUACGUAAAGUUCAAGAUGGAAUUCUGGAUUUUAAGAAUGAUGGGAACUCUGGAAAGUGGCAUGUGCUCCUCGACGCUGCUGCAUACGCCGCCACGAACGAUCUCGAUCUCUCCAAAUUCAAACCCGAUUUUGUCGCUCUUUCUUUCUACAAAAUGUUCGGUUAUCCAACCGGCACGGGCGCACUCCUUGUUCGAAAAUCCAGCGCCGAUGCUCUACAAAAAAUCUACUACGGCGGUGGAACCGUAAAUUUGGCACUCAGUUUAAAAAACUUUCACGUUAAACGCGACGUUUUUCAUGAAAGAUUCGAAGACGGAACUUUGCCUUUUCUUUCUAUAAUAUCGCUCCAACACGGUCUGGAUGCCCUGGCAUUAAUACCGUUGGAUGAUAUAUCGAGACACGUAUUCUCACUGGCGCGUUAUUUGCAUCAUUCGUUGGCGACGAUGCACCAUCGAAAUAAAAAGCCAGUGGCAAAAAUUUAUAGUGACACGAAUUACGAGAAUCGUGAAACGCAAGGUGGCAUCGUGAGCUUCAAUCUGUUGAGAUCGAGCGGCGAUUACGUUGGUUACACGGAGAUCGUUAACAUGGCUUCUCUAUUCAAGAUCUAUCUUCGUACCGGUUGUUUCUGCAAUCCUGGAACCUGUCAGCGACAAUUGGGACUUUCUGACGAAGACGUUAUGAACAAUUUCGAAGCUGGUUACACCUGUGGCGGCUCGCGUGAUCUUAUCAAUGGAAAACCGACGGGCGCGGUAAGAAUUUCUUUCGGAUAUAUGUCAUCACGAGAAGAUGUUGAAGCAGUGCUUUCCAUGAUCCGGAAAUGUUUUCUCGAUUCUUCGGAAACUUCAAGGCUUCCGGAACAUCCAGCUAACUUCCAAUCCUCACUCCAAAAACUUUCCAUCAAUGACGAAUCUGAAAGUAUACAAAACGGAUAUGAUGCCGAACAGAAAGAAAUUUCCUUGCAUGGUAAUCAUGCGGUAGGACAGCAAUUGAUUCGAAAUGGAGUGAACGAUGUCGGUAGAGAAUCUGUCUCUGAGAAUAUUGGAAUUGAAGGAAAUUUGCGAUUGUCACGCCUGUUUAUAUACCCGAUCAAAUCUUGCGCCGCUUACGAAAUCAAGGAUUCCUGGCCCUUGGGCGAACGAGGGUUGCAGUUCGAUCGCGAAUGGAUGAUCGUCACUUCCUCUGGUGUUGGCUUGUCCCAAAAACAGCUUGUUAAAUUGUGCCUGCUCCAACCGACAAUAUCUCGAGAGAAGAAUGUUUUGGUCUUGGAUUAUCCUGGCAUGCCGUCAGUUCAAGUCCCCUUGGAAAUCACUACGCAAAAAUCACACAGUGGCGAAUUAUGUAGAAGUCGAGUCUGUGGUCAUAGAGUCGAGGGACUGGACUGUGGAGCCGAAGUAUCUGAAUGGCUUAGUUUGGCUCUGGGACGACCAAAUUUACGACUAAUUCGUCAGAAUAAUAGGAAAAAAAAUAUUAUAGAUCUGAUGAAGCCAGAGUUAUCGUUUUCAAGUCAAGCACAGUAUUUGCUCAUAAACGAAUCGAGUGUGCAAUGGCUACUGGAAAAAUUGCCAAAAGAUUCUGACUGCUUGCAGGAAACGAUUUUGUAUCGAUUUAGAGGAAACAUGGUUUUGUGUGGGAGCCUGCCAUUUCGAGAAACAACGUGGUCACAAAUUCAAAUUGGAAAAUACAAAUUCAAAGUGGACAGCCCUUGCACCAGGUGUCAAAUGGUGUGUAUCGAUCAAACAACAGGAAAAAAAACAGUAGAGCCUUUGCGAUUAAUCGCUGAAGAGUUCCAUGGAAAAGUGCAAUUUGGUGUUUAUCUCAGCCGAGAAAAAAGUGAGCCUGUAAUUAUAAAUAUAGGUGAUUCGAUAACUGUCAUGUAAAAAAUUUUAGUACAUCUAAAAUCGCUCUCUUUAUCGAACAAAAUGUUUGUGCAUAUGAAGUUCAAAAUUUAAGAAUCUGAAUGGAAGGGCUGAAUAGAAAGGUCAUGCAUUUUCAAUUGGCAAAUAAGAAAUUUAUUUGUCUACAUUGAAGAGAUAAAUAUAUAUACAUAUUUACAUACAUAUAGGAAAAUGAUGUUAAGUCGUUGUUUUAAAAAAAAAAAUAAAUUAACCAUUCAUACCUAUGAAUGAUAAAAAUAUAAAUAUCACAUGAUUGUGCAAUUAA